AUGACGUCCUACAGCAAGCAGAGGUCAGCGAUCGAGAGGGAGUACGGGCAGUUCCUGAAGAGAGACGGGCAGCGGGGCCGCAGCGAAGGCAGCGACUCGAGGAGCGUUGUUGCUGUCUGGAAGGGCAUCGUUGAUGGUGCCAUGUACACCGGGCAGGCCCAUGUCGCCGCCUCGGAGAGCUACCGCGCCAUCGCCCUGGAGGCCUCCAAGACAGCCCGCGUGUCCAAGGAGCGGAUGCUCAAGAAGAGCAUUGAGCAGUUGCAGAAGGUGCAGGCAGAGCUGCUGGAGACAGUGAAGGAGCUGGGCAAGGCGAAGAAGCAGUUUAUGCACCUGCAGCGGAGCAAUGAGGUGGCCAAGGACAAAGCCGCAGACGUGGAGGCCCGGCUCCGGAGGAGUGACCGGGGGAUAUUUCACACCAAGGCCAGCCUGCAAAAACUCAGUGCCAAGUUCUCUGCGCAGCUGGCCGAGUACUCGAAGCAGCUCCCAGGGGUGCACAACGAGUAUGUCCUCACGCUGGUGUCUGCCAAUGCUCACCUGGACCAUUACUACCGCGUGGAGUUGCCCACGGUCAUGGAGGCCCUGGACGGUGACCUUUACGAGCGGCUCCGGGACCACUUGACCUUGACCAGCCAGACGGAGAUUGAGAUCUGCCAGGCCACACAGGAGUGGUUCCAGCGUGUUCUGGAGUCAUCCACCCAGAUAAGCCGGGAGCAGAACCUCCUCCUCUUCCUCCAGGACCACACUGCCUUCACACUGGCACCAGAGCAGCGAUUCCAGCUCGCCGGCAUGGACCAGAUGCGUCUCCUGGAGCCGGAGAGCAGCAGCACCAGUGAGAGCAGCCUGGAGAAGGAGGUGCGGCGCUGGGCCAACCGGGCGGCCAAGGACUACAAGAUCAAGACGCACAGUGAGCAGGUCUUGCAAAGGCUGGAGGCCAGGAGGCAGCAGGCCCCGGAGGCUGAGGUAGCUGCCACGGAGCGACGGAUGGAUGAAGUGAAAGAGAAUAUUCGGAAGGCUGAGGGCCGUGGGGCUGGUGCGUGCCAGCAUGGGCUCCGCUCCGUGCUCCCCGCAGCCUGGCUGGUGCGAGCCCUCUACGACUACGAGGGGCAGAGCCCCGAGGAGCUGAGCUUCCCCGAGGGCGCCAUCAUCCGCGUGCUGCCCCGCGCCGAGGGCGAGGUGGACGACGGCUUCUGGACGGGAGACUUUAACGGCCGCGUUGGCGUCUUCCCCUCACUCGUGGUGGAGGAGCUCACGGGGGCCGGUGGCUCUGCUGGGCAGGAGCUGCCGUCGCCCUCCCCUCCGCCCUUCUCCCCUCCUGGCCUCGUGCCCGGCCUGCCCUCCAGCCCCGCUCCAGAACUGUGCCAGGCUGGGGGGAAGGUGCUGCCCCAACCCCGCCCGGGCUCAGCCCGUGCCUCGCUGUGGUCACGCACCCGCGUCGCUGCCCGGCCCUUGGGCAGCGGUUUGGCUCCGCGGCUGCCCUCCUUCCUGCCCUGGGGCUGCGGGGACCCGCGUGGGCAGCAGGACUGGGCCAGGAUGGUGCUGACACUGUCCCGCCUGUGCCAGGGGGCCUGA